AUGGCAGACCAAGGGUUGGGAGGUGGCGGGCCGGUCGAGGUGGGAGCUGGACCUGGCGAAGACCCUCCCCGCAAGCGCCUCAGGCACGAAGACCACGAGCAUGUUGCCGCACAGCACAUCGCCCAUGGCCUGCCGCACUUUGCUGCGUACGGAGCCCCGCCCUACGACGGUCACCUGGAACACCUGCUGCGUGAGGGAGACUCCGAGGCGCACGCUCAGGCGCUGGCGCAGGCACAGGCCCAGCUGCAGGCAGCGCACCAAGAGCAGCUGCAGCAGCAGCAGCAGGGGGGCCUGCAGGGUGGCGUGAGUGAGGGUGUCCCUGUUCAGCAGAACCCGGCCACCCCUGGGGUGGACCCCCCCGGCUUCACUUACCGCAACCGCUCCCGCAGGAAGGCCAGCGAGAAGCCUGUGGGGUCAAGCCAGGUCAGGCAGUCGUUCUCUAAGCGCAAGCGCGGCAUCGCCCAGAAGGCGUACCAGCUUUUCAAGAUCACAGACGCAAAGGUGUUCCUGUUUGUCGCCAAUGACAAGGGCGCCUCGUGGGGGUACGCGACGCCUGGCUUUGGCGCCACGCUGUCUCCGGCACACCUGAAGCAGCUGCGCCAGAUGGCUAACCCAGAGGCCGAUGAUGGCACCAAGGACGGCGACGCAGCUAACACGGUGAUUAUGGCGCACCCGCCGGGCUCGGAGAACGAUCCGGACGACCGCGAUGCGUACGUGCAGGACAAUGGAUACGCGGAGGACGCUGACGGCAACAUGAUCGGCGAGGGCGAGGGCGGCCAGGUGCCCGAGGGCUGGCCCUCCCACGAGGCCGCCACCAUCCAGGCGCUGCACCAAGCGGCCGUGAUGAGCGGCGAGCACCAGCAUCAGGGCGGCUAUGAGCACGUGCCCCCAGUCAGCGUCGCCCAGGAGAUGCACCACACCGGAGAGAACCUGCACUUCAUUGCGGAUGCUGCGGCCUCCGCCGCCUUCCUGGGGGAGCACCAGGAGCACGGGGGGCAGCAGGUGGUGCACGGCCAGGAGGCAAACCAGCACCAGCUGCAGCAGCACCAUGACCAGCAGGGCGGCGACUACGCAGGCUCAACAGCGCUUGGAGCGCCGAUGGAGGCGCCUGCCAACGGUGUGCCGGCCAUCGGAGUGCCAUCCCACAUCCAGGGGCAUGGUGACGGCAAGGGCCACCACUGAACAAGCCUUGCAGCCGGCCACUGAGGAUCUAUUCUGUGCCGCAUCAGGGAGUAUGUUUCCUUGCACAAGGAAGCGUUUGUGCAUUCGGGGAUGAAGCCAACUUGAGCUUUGUGAGAUGGGCUGACACAGAAGCGAUUUUGAUUUUGAUCUCUUAAAUAUUGUCGAGGUUGC